CGCCGGCAACAGCUGCCAGCAACGUGAUCUGUAACAACUUUCUGGGUUCCACUGUAUAUUCUCGCUUUUAUCACCUAUCACUACAUUAGACAUUCUCACCAAAGGGGCCUCUGAAAAUUUUCGGGGGGUCAAAUGGUGACGAGUUGUACACAUACCACCCUAGGUCACCCGAGGUCAAUGAUGAGUACUAAUGGCAGUCCUUUAAAGAACAAGAUUGUCCCAGCGCGAAACGCUGCAAAGAAAGCAAGUUCUAGCUUCUCUAGCCAACUGGACGACUCUCCCGGAAACUCUGAUGACGAUGAGCGGCCAUCGCGACAGCGAAGAGGAACGGGGCGAGGAAGAGGAAGAGGAAGAGGAAGAGGAAGAAGAGGCGGCGGAAGUCGAGGAGGUCCUCGCAAGUCUAUUGUGUCUACGCCGUCGACACUGACACAUACACAGAGUCAGGGAGAGCCCGCUCCGGAUUUAGCCACUCCUCGCCCAUCCACGCCGUCGAUGUCAAAGAAAAAGCGCUCAUACGCAUCCUCUGCCCUGUCGGAUAGUGAAGAGUCUCCGCUAUCCUCUGUGCCUCCUACGCCUAUAAAACGAUCAACGUCGUUUCACAAGGUGAACCGUCCUAAGGCCACUCCCUUGGCGAGGUCUUCGUCGUCAGUGAGCAAGCUGUCCACUUCACUCGAAAUACCAUGGUCUCUCGAUGGCCUUGGAAAGUAUGUAUGGGUUCUUGUCAAUAGCGCAGGAAGCGUCUUUCAGGAGGAGGAUCAGAAGGAAUAUGUUUGGUGGCCAGCGAAGAAACAUCGCUUAAUCGGACAUCAACUUACUGUGACACCCUUCGGCAAACUGAAUCCAUGUCUUACUCGCAUUAGCAUCGAGCAUCCUUGCUCCGAUAAUGUCUUAUCCUUGACUGACUCCUUGGGACGCAAUCGGUUUAAUGAUCCUAUGUUCUCACCUCCUUCAGCUGUUGAUGACCUCCAAGGUUCUCCCAGAAAGAAACGGAAAACGGAUAGAGACAACAUGAGGUCACGGUGGCAGGAUGCCCUACGUAUUAUGUUGCAGGAGAAAGAGGAGGAGGAAGACCAGGAAGACGACCUACCAGACAUCGCCUUUGCUCUGAGCGUUCGUCAUACGCAUACCUCAAUGUCUGUUUCUCCCGGGAAAGGGAAAAAACUAACAGGGUUUUCAAUAUCCGAUACCGACGAAGCAGAGGAUCUGGAAUCAUGGGACGAUCCCGGUGCUGAUCCGGAACUUGAUAUUCCAGGUGAAUUGGUGCUUGCGAGAGAAAAAGCGGACUUGCAUUUGUCAUACUGGCCUGCCAAGGUCAUGGAGUAUGUCCCGCCCGUUUCGAGGAAUCAGAAGGCGGGAAAGUAUAAGGUUUUAUAUCUCGAUAGGGUGACGCGGACAGUACCCAGGUCAUGGUUUAAAUGUCUGGGCGAUGAAGGGUUUGGUACAUGCAAGCUUGGGACAUUCGAAAGCACUAUGGUCGGCAGACCUAAUAAAGAUGAUAACGACGACGACUGCAUGGUGGGUCAACCGCACGACAGAGAACCCAGUCCUAUCCCUUCUAUCCCUCCGCCUUCUUCUUCUGACUUCAUCUUACUGUCAAUACGCGAACAAUUCUGCUAUACGAAACCUGUCUUACAAGCCGUCCUAAACGAAGCAUACCCUCCUGCGAUGCAGGUACAUAACAUGUUCAUGUCGGGAGGGAAGGCUAGGAAAGUCCUAAACCAGAAUGCAGGGGAGAGAGGAACGGUGACCCCGAACGAUGCUGAGAGAUUGGCGCAUUGCAUCCUCCAUUGGGCUUUACGAAAUGAGAUGGUGGCGAACAAGAUAGCAGAUGACGGAGUUGAGGAGACUGCAUCUGGCGACGCAGAGGCGCUGCAAAACGCGGCAGAAGUUGGCGAUGAAACAAGUCGAGAUACACAUACCAUCGCCAAUGGCAUUACCAAUGGCACACCUCAUAAUGUUGAAGGAAAGGAGCCACUGGUAGCAGGCCAUGAGGUUGUCAUCUCCCAAGCAGAAGGAGACUCGCUCAGACCUCCGUCGACUUUAUCUGAUAUUGUGCAGGACAGUGAGGUGCCGUCUAUACCUUCGCGACCGGCUUCUCAAGAAUCCGCAGUCAGGGUAAGCGAUGCGAUGCUCAGUGUCAGAUAUGUUACCUAUGUACCCAGGCUAAGUCCCCAGGAUUUGUCGCCGAGUCUUUCGUGUUGUCGCAAUCGGAAGAGCCUCCGCCAUUGUCCUUGGCGCCUUCUGAAGCUGAAGAGGACUUGAACGGCAGACAAACACCACGUUUUAAUAGUUCGCAAUGUGCAGAUGAUGGUGUACCGCUGACGGAUUUGGUUGACCAGAACACGAG